AUGGAUGCCGAGGACUAUUUCAACCUGCUGCUUUCCCCCGUUCGACCGCGUCGCUACCGUGAACAAUUAGGGGCUGAUUGCGACUCCGAUGCCGGGAACGAAGACGAGAACAACGAUAACGAUUCCGUGUAUGAAAGUCCUGAGGGCGGCCGAGACAACCGGGAAGGCGAAUCCAGAGACAACUUCGAUGGCAAAAUCGACUAUCCGGCGUGGACUGGCGACCUGGAUACUUGCGCCUUGACGGACUGCGAUAGGGCCACCCUCCGUGAGUUCUGGACCAAGCUCGACAAUGACCAGAUGGAAUACUGCAGCCGAUGCCGCGAGUGUUGGUUUCAGAUGGAAAUAGAUUAUGACGGCAUUUGUUCGCGUUGCUAUCGAAAGGAUGACAAACGUGGCCCCGACGAGCCUUACUUCUUCUCUGCGGAAAACCUGCUCGACUUUGGCCCCGUACCGACCCGAUUGCCCGAGCUCACACCUACCGAAGAGGCAUUGAUUGCUCGUGUCCAUGUCCACGUGAACAUUAUGCUUGUGCGGGGGCAGCAGUACAGGUAUCGGGGGCACGUCGUUCACUUUCUCCGCGAGGUUGGCUUGGUGUACAACCAGCUCCCUCUCCUGCCGCGGGAGUUGAACACGGUAUUACUGCGUCCUGCCAACACGUCAUCACACGCUAAUCUCAGCCGGCAAUUCACCCGCCAGUUCCGCGUGCGUCGCCAGGCUGUUAUGAUAUGGCUAGACUACCUCCGCCAUCAUCAUCCUGGCUAUCGAUCCAUCGCCAUCGACGACGAGCGACUGGGCCAACUGCCCGAGGACGGCAAUGUGGUGGACGCCAUCCCCCAAAGUCAGGUGGAGGCUGCCGAUGUGGGACCGGAGGAAGAUCAGGAGGCAGAGCCUGACCUAGAGGAUGCGGCUGCGGUGCCUGACCUGUUGGCCAAGGACACGGAGCUCGAUGCUCUGCGGUCUAUUCUCGCGGGUGAAUCCGAAGCGGAUGCGGGGCAAUCCCUUGCCACAGGCUCUCCAGGGCAGGCGAGGCACGAGCUCCAGCUUCCCAACAUACGGCACACGCCGAUCAAUGAGUUCAAUCGCUCUCAUGCCCUGCUCUCCUUGGCAUUCCCCUGCCUCUUUCCAGACGGCAGAGCCGACUUUGUGGAGCCUCGCUUGCGGUCCAUUGAGUACAAGGAUUACAUCGAGCACGCGAUGCGGUGGCACGACGGGCGUUUUGCGCGCCAUCCAACCUUCCGUUUUGUCGCAUUCAACACCCUGAUGCGGUCCCAAGCACGUGCGCGGUCCAAAUUCUUCGUGAAGCAACACGAUGGCACCCGUGAGCCGCUCACGCGAGAGCAGCUUAUUCAGGCGCUCGAACACGCUGAGGAUCCACAGGCGCAGGCGCUGAUCAACUCGAUCACAAGAAAGAGGCAGGACCUCGAAGCGUAUGCCUACAGCUUGGGUUGUCCUGGCGCAUUCGUCACAUUUAGCCCGGCUGAUUUACACUGGCGGAGCCUCUACCAACACAUGCCCCGAUAUGAAGAAUGGCUGGGCGCGUCCGAGCCGGAAAGGAUGGCAUUGUCGCGAACGAAGUUUAACGUGACGGAUUACUGGGAUCGAUAUGAAUGGCAAGGGCGUGGGAGUCCACACAACCACGGUCUGUACUGGAUGGAGAAUUGCCCGGUAACCGACAUGAGGGACGAAACCGCUCGCGACCUUUUUGCACGCACGUGGGGAUUCCACAUCACUGCCAUUAACCCGGAGCCGAACAGGACAAUGCCCCAGGGUGAAGGGAAUCCCCUGAGUGUGGAUCCACUGGGCGUAGAGAUGACAUUCCUGCGGCUCUCGCAGAUCGUCAACCGCUGCCAGCGCCACAGAUGCAAUACCGCGUACUGCUUGCGGGCGGCCAAUGUCGCCGAUCCGGAGAGGGAGUGUCGUUUCAACUUCCCCCGUGCCUUGCGGGAGCUAGCCGCAGUCAUCAGGAAAGAAGGUAAGUCAUAUUACAUCUUCGAGGCUGCCCGCAACGACAGCCUCAUGAACCACUUCAAUCCUGCCAUCAUUCUGGGCUGGCUGGCCAAUAUCGACAUAUCGCCCUGCACCAGCUUACAGGCAGUCAUUACGUAUGCUGCCAAGUAUUGCAGCAAAUCGGAGAAGAAGACGGAGCCUUACUGCAAGCUCGCAGAUCAGGUUUUGCCGCAUACAACACACCACCAGCCUCUGUUGUCCUUCUCCUCUCGCCUUAUGAAUAAGUUGAUUUCCGAGAGAGAUUAUUCGGCGCAGGAAAUUUCCCACUUGCUGCUCAACAUCCCUCUGCAGGAAGGCACUCGGAUGGUUGUGUACGUCGACUGCCGCCCGUUGGAGCAGCAUGCGCGGUCGUACCGCGUCGACGAGGAUGUCAGCGAGGCUGUCGGCAGCUACCGGAAAUAUCUGCAGAGAAAUGACCAACAUGAGAGUAUAACCUAUCUCGAGUACCUGCAGUCCUACAAUCUCAAGACGUGGAGGAGACUCGGUGCGAACGCGAAGAAGAGGUUGAUGAUGGCCCAUCCGCAUCGUUCUCCGGAAGAGCUGCUUGCUGUGGACGGGCGGCGGUUUGAGUCCUUUGCGGCGGCGUACCAGUGCUGCCGGCAGCGACACCAUUUCCACGAGGACGACCGUUACGGGGAGGUGGGAGCAAAUGAGCUGCAGGCAGAGGACGAUGAGUUUGAGCGGGAGGAGUACGAAGAGCCUGUCGUGGAGGAAGACUGGCAUGAACUCGCCCGUAUGCUGCCUGACCAUCCGCUGGAGGAGGACGAUAUCGACGUGCUGGGCCGGCGAGAUGUCGACGGCGACUUCUGGAAGCAACGCAAAGCCGAAAACCCCUUUCACCUUGAUGUGGAUCAUCAGCCGCUCGAGGCUCGCGAUUCCCUGAAUCCGGAGCAGCGCCUAGUGUACGAUACGGUGAUGGGCCACUUUCUGACCCAGGCCUGUUCCCAGUUGUUACUCCAUGUGGACGGUGGCGGUGGCACGGGCAAAUCAUACCUCAUCAAUCUGCUCUCGGCGCACCUUCAAGCCGCCUCGGGCGGAAGAGGGACGCCUGUUUGGCGUGCCGCGCCCACGGGCGUUGCGGGAAAUCAGAUAUCGGGCACUACCUUGCACUCCCUGCUGCACCUCCCCAUCAACAAGGACUUCAAGCCCCUGGCAGCGAUCGACAAAGCUCAGCUACAGAAGAAGGUGAAGGACAUCAAGUACCUGAUUGUUGAUGAGAAGAGCAUGCUGGGUCUGCGACAGCUGUCAUGGAUUGAUGACCGUCUCCGUGAGGCUUUCCCGAAUAGGAAUGAGGAGUUCUUUGGUGGUCUUAAUAUCCUCCUGGUUGGCGACUUCUUUCAGCUUCCCCCUGUACUGCAGAAGCCUCUUUAUUACGACAAGGAGGUGCAGGGAGUAGAGAUCAAGGGCAGGAACGCAUAUCGGCGCUUCGACAAGACGGUUUUCUUGAAGGUUGCCCAGCGUCAGCGCGGCGACGAUCAAGGAGCGUUUCGUUCAGCUCUUGAGGAAUUGCGGCUGCUUCAACUAUCUACGGAGUCCUGGAAGCUCCUCUCCAGCCGUGUUCAAGCGAAGCUGGACGAUCAGGAGGUUGCCAAGUUCGUCAAUUCCCUACGAGUAUACGCCACGAAAGACAGGGUUAUGGCUAGGAACGUUGGCCCCGGCGCUGCUGCUGCUCCUGACGACAAGCCAGUUGGCCUCUGCAACGGCGCCCGUGGCACAGUAUACGAUAUCGCCUGGGCGCCUGGAGCUGACCCCAUGCAAGACCCUCCCUGCGUGAUCAUGAUGGAGUUUGACAAGUACACGGGGCCGGUAUUCCUGACCACCGCAGAUGGUAAGAAGAUUGUCCCGAUUCUGCCAGUAGACAGGGACUUCCUCGUCGGAGCCACGCUCUGCACUCGUACGCAAUUUCCCCUGAUCGUAUGCUACGCCAUUACAGUUCACAAGUCGCAGAGCAUCACCGAAGACAUGAUCGUGACGGAUCUGUCCUGCCGUGACUUUCAGACCGGAUUGAGCUACGUGGCCGUCUCGCGUGUGAAAACGCUGCAGGGUCUGAUGCUGGAUGCCCCGUUUGACCGCAAUCACCUGACUUAUGCGUCGCCGCCGGAAGGAGUUAAGAUGAAAAUGAGGGAUCAGCAACUUCGCAAACGACAGAUUCUCACCCAGAAUCCGUAUAAGAUACGGUAG